UAUCACUCCCCUAGAGCAGCUCCCAUUCCACGCACAGCACAGCGCAGCCCGCUGGCACUCGCUCGCAGCUUACAUCACAGACCAAUUAAACAAACAGCAAUGGCCGUGGACAACGGAGACGCCGCCGCCAUGGCCGUCGCGGUGACCGGCACCCGCACGGUGGCGCCGGCCAAGACCAGGGUCACCCUCGCCACCUUCGACCUGCCCUACAUCACCUUCUACUACAACCAGAAGCUGCUCCUCUACCGCCUCCCGCAGGGCGCCGGCGACUUCCAGGACGUCACCGCGCGCAUGGCCGACGCGCUCGGGGACGCGCUCGCCUACUUCUACCCGCUCGCCGGCCGGAUCCGCCAGGAGAAGGGCGACGGCGGUGCGCUGUACGUCGAUGGGGAGGAGGGCGCGGAGGUCGUCGAGGCCGCCGCCGAGGGCGUCUCCGUGGACCAGCUCGCCGGCGAGGACUGCGGCGAGGAGGCGGAGAAGCUCAUGCAGCAGCUCAUACCCUACACCGGCGUCAUGAACCUCGAGGGGCUCCGCCGCCCGCUGCUCGCUGUCCAGUUCACGAAGCUCAAGGACGGCAUCGCCGUGGGCUGCGCCUUCAACCACGCCGUGCUGGACGGCACCGCCACGUGGCACUUCAUGAGCUCCUGGGCGGAGCUCUGCCGCGGCGCCGCCGCCCCGUCGGCGCUCCCGAUCCACAACCGCGCCAUGGCGCGCUCCGUGCGCGUCGGCCUCACCCUGCCGGCCUCCGCGGAGGCGCACGAGAAGACGGACCCCAACGGGCCCAAGAAGCCGCUCGUGGCCCGCGUCUUCUCCUUCCCGGAGCCCGUCGUGGCCCGCAUCAAGGCCGCCGCCAACGCGGCGCUGCCCCCGGGCGCGAAGCCCUUCUCCGCCUUCCAGUCCCUGGGCGCCCACAUCUGGCGGUCCGUCUCGCGCGCGCGCGAGCUGGGCCCCGCCGACAUCACCGUCUUCGCCGUGUUCGCCGACUGCCGGUCCCGCCUCGACCCGCCUGUGCCGGCGACGUACUUCGGCAACCUCAUCCAGGCGGUGUUCACGGGCGUGCCGGCGGGGAUGCUACUGGGCGGCCCCCCGGAGCUGGCGGCGGGGAUGCUGCAGAAGGCCAUCGGUGAGCACGACGCGGCCGCCGUGACGCGGAGGCUGGACGAGUACGAGGCGGCGCCCAAGCUGUUCCACUACAGCGACGCCGGGCCCAACUGCGUGGCCGUGGGCAGCUCGCCGCGCUUCCGCGUGUACGACGUGGACUUCGGGUUCGGCAGGCCGGAGCGCGUCCGCAGCGGCGGGAACAACAAGUUCGACGGGAUGGUGUACCUGUACCCGGGCCGCGGCGGCGACAGCGGCGGCAUCGACGUGGAGCUGGCGCUGCAGCCGGAGCCCAUGCAGAGGCUCGAGAAGGACGAGGAGUUCCUGCAGGUCGCGGCUGCCUGAUCACCUGCACGCCGCUGCCUGCAAUAUUUAGUGAGCUUAAUUAAGCAAAGGUUUGUGAUUUAGCCACUUUCGUUGAUUCGAUCUUCACUAGUGCGUGUGUGUUUGCUUGUUACUGCUGCGGAUCUGUUCCGGCUAAAUAAGGAUCGAUCGAUUAGUUUGUGUAAGAUCACCAUCCUAUUUGUCGUGUCAUGUCACACAAAUAGCCAUGUAAUGCCAUGUAGUAGCAUGUAAUCCGCCUACAGGAUUUGCAUAUUUGUUUACACGUACUCGGCUCAUCCCUUCUGAAUUAAACUAUUGUGUUUCCUUUUUAA